AUGUCAUGGAUUGGCAUUAUUAACCGCCAGGUUGCCAGCCGCAAUGCUGCGGAGAUUCAGUCUGUGGAGCACGUGUUCAGUUCACAUCGCCUCGCACAAAAUCGGUUGCUAAAGCUCCAACAGUCGCUGCAAACCCUGCGAAGUGACAAUACGGCGCUCGACGAAAAGAACAAAGAACUCGUCAAGCAAGUACGGGCUCUCGAGCUUGCUUCUGCUGGGGUUAUUAGCCGCGCGGGCCGGGAAGAACAGCUGGAAGCAAAUGUUGCCCAGCUGCAGGAGAAGCUGCAGGAGAGUUUGAAAAAUGAAAAGGACUAUUACAAAAACGAGUGUGAGGUGAAGCGGCUGACGGAAGAAAACGCGAAUCUCAAAGAGGAGGUGAAGAAGUUGAAGAACCGCGAGACGGAACUUGAGGAAGUGCUUCUGAGACUUGCGAAUAACUACAAGGCUCUCGAAGAGGAGAACAAAAUCGUCAGGCCAAAACUCAACGCCGCACUGGCCGAGCGGGACCGCUGCGUACGUGAGUUGAUAACGGCGAAGGAAACCAUGGCGCACAUGCAGGAAAAAAUACUUGGGUACGAUGAUGAAUUAAACACGAUGCGGAAGAAGGGCUGUGUUGGCAGCUCUGGUGUAGGUCGUGGUGAGGUGGAAGUGGAUGUAUCACGUUCUUCCCACAAAAAGGACCCCGUCAACACAUGUCGCCAGGAAUUUUCGGUGCAGGAGGCUGCAAAAUUGCCUUCCAGCGUGAUGUUUACGACCGAACAUCCCCACGGUGACCGGCUCAUCCAUGCAGUGUGUGCAACGAAUGGCGGGGAGCGGAUCGUAACUGGUGGUGCGGAUCGAAUGAUUAGGUACUGGGACAGUGGUAGCGGUGCCGCGUUGCAGUGUCACCCAAGUGAUGGUGUGCCUUUGUGCAUUGACAGUGUUGGGGACCGCCUGAUAGUUGGUUGUACAGACGGCGUAGUCCGUAUCUGGGAUACAAAGACUCAGAGGAAAGCGGAACUAACUGGUCACAGGGAGAAGGUUACAGCCGCUUACCUUUCAGCAGACCAGAGAAACGCCUACACCGCCAGCUCUGAUCGUUCAAUUAGAUUGUGGGACUUGCAGUCAGCCACCAUACAGAAAACUUUGCUGAACCCGAGCUGCUGCAACGAUUUGUGUGUGGCCGACUCUCAUCUGCUUUCAGCACACUACAAUGGCAGCAUCUGUGUAUGGGACUCCCGUGGACGAAGUGGGAACCCUGAUGAAAUCAAAAACGUCCAUCCUGGUGGAGCGACGUGCGUGCGCGUCGUCAGAAACAACUUGUGUGUCUCACUUGGCCGAGGAGGCGCCAUUUCUGUGAGAGACACACGUCGGAUGGACGAAGCGUUGUUCCGCGUGGAGCGCGAGGAUAUAAGUACCUCCACACAUCUCGCUAGGAUUGCUCUGAGCCCCAGCGGGAGGUUCUGUGCAGUGGGUACUUCACGUGGGUCUCUGUUAAUCGUUGACUUGGACGAACGCCGUGUGAUGGAUGCUGAGUUGGAGGCUGCUCACCAAGAGCAUGUGAAAAGUGUUGCAUGGGCACAGAGGGGGGAAACGUCGGUGCUGGCAACCAUAAGUAACGAUAAGCGGUUGGUCUUGUGGAAUUGA